UUUCCCAGAUGGACAUCAAUGAGAUGACUAAGCCCUGGGGUCUGGAGGUAGACAGGGUGGAGCUGACUGUAGGUGCUGUCCUGAAGCCCCCAGAGGACCAUUCAUCUGGGCCUGGCUCGGUCAUCCUACCCCCCUCUAUUCCUGGUCUCGAGGGCCUGGCUGGACCCAUACAACAACUGGCUAUGCACUUCCUGGGCAAUAUGGCUGGCGGUAACCAUGGAGCUCCCCUGGUUAGGACAGGUAGUGGCUCAGCAGGACCAGGGUCCCCUCCAGAGGGCCAGGUACCAGACGUCACCCUCAGUAUGACGGACCAGGACCUGCUGGCUGUGUUCGAGGGAACCCUGCGACCCUUCGCAGCCUACGCCACUGGGCGACCCAAGGUCCAGGGAGACCUGAGGCCUGCAUGA